GCAAACACCCCUGCGCAGUGAUCCCCACCCCACUCCUCAACUCUGCAACCCUCCAGCUCCAAACCAGUUCCUCAGUAUCCCGCCACUUAGUAACGGGACGCCAUCAGUGUAAUGUGACGCCCCCGUGAAAGGGCUCUGAGGCGUCGUCCGGUCGCGUUAAACGUCUCCAUACAAUAACAGGCAGUCAAAAUUAAAAACUAUACGAACAGGCAAGAAUAAGACAGUUUAGUGUAAUCGAGUCAGUUGAAACGAAUGAAGAAGAAGAAUUUAUAUAAAUCGUUUCAAAUAUUUUGAUUUGUGUCACUUUUUCAGUAACAAUAUUCGGAAGACUCGUGACGUAACAGAGCAAAGUCUAAACGUAGAAAGAAAUUACUUCAGUAAUAAGAUACGACAAAUUUCUUGUUAUGGCUAACAAAGCCAAGUGACAUACCUCUUAAAAUAUAACUAAAAAAAAUGAAAGAAACAUAACAAAACUUCAGGUGAAAGUGAAACGGGAAUUAAAAAGGAAAUUGAAAAUUAUAUUUAUUUUAAAAACGUAAAAAGAAAAGUUCAUAAGUGUGAUGUCAUAUAUUCACGUAAAAUUGUUACAGGAAUCUAUAAUAGCAGAGAACUUUUAAUUUUCUUGGUAUUCAAGCCGAGAUUUGUUUUAGAAUUACUCUUAAGUGUUAUUUUCUUCACGUCAUAAACGCACAUUGCGUAGAGCGGAGAAUAAUAAUGACAUAUAUUAGCAUUAUAUCGUCAUGAAUUUUAUAAAUGUGAGAGUUUUACUAUCCUUAAAAUGGAUAUAAACCAGACUUGGAUACGAAUUUCGAACACACAGUGAGGUAUGUGAUUAAAAAUAAUAUAUUUCAGUCCACAAAACCGUCCAAAAAGAAAAACUUAAGAAAUAACUUAUUCUUGUAAAUUAUAGAGUCGUGAAUUGUCGUGGUACUAGAAGCCAUGUCGGUAGCUUAGCAACACGAAGCGAUGUAACAUUUCUUUCGGACUACAUCUUUUUCAUGAGUGAAUAAGUGAAGUAAGAAAUCGCUUGCAUAUGGAAUCGAACCAAAGCCAAUGUAGAAUGCAACCAAGCGUCUGGUUCCUCAUGGGGACGCUUGUACUCACUAGCGUCGCGACGGCGAUGUUAUGUGGCGCUAUUAUGACCGAUCACUGGGAACACGUGACCUGGGACCGCAGUAAACUGGACGACAUUGCAGCGAGGCAGAAGAACGCAAGUCAUGUGAGAUGGGUCCUGGAGUGGAUCUUGGAUGGGCAGGUCGGUAGGAUUGUUUACACGAACGAGGAGGGCCUGAGGAAAGUCCCUAGCAGGAAGAAGCCGGUGAAGACCGCGGUCACCAGUGUGACGCCUCGCAGUGAGGAAACUGACGACGAGGCGGCCGUAUUCCUUAUUCCGAUGCAUGGAGGAAUAUGGACACUGUGUGUGUCCCUCACUGAGGAACAGAUAAGGCUCCUGCUGAGAGCCGGGUUCACUCGGACACGGUGCCACAAUUAUCUGGACACGGACAUUACCAGGGGCGAGGAGGCAAGGACAGUCUGGCAACAUCGUAAGUAGCCUGUCUGUCGCACGGAUUGUUUAGCCAAGUGAACAUCUCUGGCUGGAAGUGUCGAUGAUCAUGGAGCCCUCUGGCGCCGUUCGAAAUGAAGACGAC